CUUGAAAUCUCGCAACCGCUGCAAGCCAUGGAUUACACGGCGCUGGCCGCCACCGAGACGAACCCGGUCAAGACGCGGUCAAGUGGGCGCCUCGACCUCGCGACCGGCGUCACGACCGUGCUCCAGCAGCGCGGCAAGACGCUCUUCCACGUCGGCUUCCGCGACGGCCCUCGGCUCUGCCUGCAUCCCGAGGAAGCGUGGUGCUUGGCGCACCGCGGGGUCCUCGACGUGACAACGGUUGACAGCGAGACCGCCCUGCCACUGCGCGACGUCUGCGCGCACCUCGAGAAGUACACGCCUCGCGCCUGCCGAGAGGCCUACUGCUUCCUGCGCGACCGCAAGUUUUACCCUAUGCGCCAUGCGAGGACGCCGUCGCCGCAAGUGUCGACGGCAACUGCCAUCCACAUCGCGUACGACGUCUACGCCGGCAAGAAGAUGACGCCAUGGCCGCUCUUCCGCGUCGCCGUGUUUGCGUGGGAUGCAGCGAUGCCUCAUGCAACAGCACUCCUUGCGGCCAUCGGCGACGACGACGUGCCAUGGAAGCUCCUCGUGGUCGACGACGAAGGCAGCGUCUUGAGCUACGAGAUCGACAGUCGUCGUGGCCAAGCGCACGUGUAUUAAUAAAUUAUGGUGGCGACACGGACAAAAAACGCGCCAACGCGUUCACGAC